UGGACGUUCUUCAGUUUAUAUCGGUUUCGGUCGAAGCGGUCUAUUUAACGGCCCGUUACGCUUCUUCUAACAAGCCGGACAGCCACCGCUUAACGUCGAAGCGGUCUAUUCUAACGGCCCGUUAGGACUCCGACUCCGACCCCGACGGCGAUCGAUCUCCCCCUGCCCCUCCCCUCCGACUGCCGCAAUGGAUCCCCUCCGGCAGACUCUCAACCCCAACAAGCGCCUCAAAGAAGAAUUCGUCAGCAAUCUCACGGGAUCUUCCAUGCUGGAGAUUGCCGCGCUCUCCGCAAUCAUACCUGCUUUGGUAAUCCUCCGCCAAUGGAGCUGCUUUGCGAGAGUAAAUGGCAAGUUUAAUGUUGAGGUUGCAACGUCAAAGAAGGAUGAUGAUAAAGUCCCUAGUCGUAGAGAUUUUAGGAGCUAUGCAGUUUCACUUGUCGUCGAUUACUUGUUUGUUGUUCUUCCAGUUCUUCUUAUUCUCACGGUUCUUGCUGAUUGGGCUUAUAUAUUCACGGUUCUGAUUAUUUUGUUGCUCCUUCUAUGUAUAUCAGCUAAAAGAUCUUCAUAUCUUCGUUUUAAAGGAGAACAACAUUCAUCUUCUCCAAGAACAACUAUUUCAUCAUAUAGAGUAUUGGUGGUCAUCACAACAUGCUUGAGCAUAUUAGCUGUGGACUUUAAAGUCUUUCCCCGACGCUAUGCAAAGACUGAAACUUAUGGUACUGGUUUGAUGGAUCUGGGAGUUGGAUCAUUUGUCAUGGCUAAUGCAUUAGUUUCAAGAAAAGCACGGAAUUCCAUUUCAGUGAAUUGGAAGGCAACACUUAAAUCUAUAAGCCCGCUAUUAUUCCUAGGUUUUGGUCGGCUCAUUACUACAACAGGUGUAGAUUACCAGGUACAUGUAGGAGAAUAUGGUGUGCAUUGGAACUUCUUUUUCACCCUUGCAGCAGUAUCUUUACUUACAUCUAUAUUUAACAUCCAUCCAGAAUACUGUGGAUUUUUCGGUUUGUUAGUUCUCAUAGGUUAUCAGGCAUGCUUGUUAUGUGGGUUAAAUAAAUACUUGAUCUCCCAUGAAAGGACAGCUGAUAUCAUCAGCCAAAAUAAAGAAGGCCUAUUCAGUAUAUUUGGAUAUUGGGGUAUGUAUCUGGUUGGUGUGCAUCUAGGAUACAAGAUACUUUUCAGUAAUCAUUCAUCAAAGAAGGUUGGAAGCAUUCAGUCUGCAAGAGCUAGAGUUUGGAUCCUUGCAGUUUUAUUUUGGUUCUUAACUAUCAUUCUGGACAAAUAUGUGGAAAGAGUUUCUCGGCGAAUGUGCAACCUGGCGUUUGUUAUGCUGGUCUUUGCACAGAAUUUUCAGGUUCUAUCAGUUCUCAUGCUAUCGGAUCUAGUACCGGGACAAAAGCCUUUGGCUCUUGAAGAAGCAUUCAAUCAGAAUCUUCUCGGUUCGUUUCUUCUGGCAAAUGUGCUAACUGGACUAGUAAACUUAUCCAUGGAUACCCUAUCAGCUUCCUCUGUGACAGCAGUUGGCGUCUUGUUGGGUUAUUCUUUUGUUCUCUCAGCUGUUACUGGACUAGUGUGGUCCUGUGGCAUCAAACUAAAAUUUUGGUAGAUUUAAUUGUAUAAUCAUUAAUGUUGUUGUUAGUUUGAUGUAAAAAGGUAGUCAACCGAUGCCCCGAACAUUCUUUCUUCUAUCCCAUUUUCAACUUCGGUUAGUCUACUAUGAGUUUGAUAUUUUUAUGCUUUCUAAUGUUGUUCAUUAAUGUCCCAAGUGUUACAAUGUUUUGAACUCUUGUUAAGUACAUGUUCUAGUAUCAAAUUCUAUGCCUAUUGAA